AUGUCCAGGUUGCAGAUCUCAGCUCUGGUGUUCGGCGUUGGAGGAUUUGGAGCCCUCGUCGCUGCCACGACAUCCAAUGAGUGGAAGGUGACCACCCGAGCGUCCUCAGUAAUAACGGCAACUUGGGUUUACCAAGGUUUGUGGAUGAACUGCGCAGGCAACGCCUUGGGCUCUUUCCACUGCCGUCCACACUUCACUAUCUUCAAAGUAGAAGGUUACAUCCAGGCGUGUAGAGGACUUAUGAUUGCCGCUGUCAGCCUGGGCUUUUUUGGCUCCAUAUUUGCACUGUUUGGAAUGAAGUGUACCAAAGUCGGAGGCUCCGAUAAAGCCAAAGCGAAAAUUGCUUGUCUGGCUGGAAUUGUGUUCAUACUGUCAGGGCUCUGCUCCAUGACUGGCUGUUCUCUGUAUGCAAACAAGAUCACCACCGAGUUCUUCGAUCCUCUCUAUGUGGAGCAAAAGUACGAGUUAGGGGCCGCUCUGUUCAUCGGCUGGGCGGGAGCCUCCCUCUGCAUAAUCGGUGGUGUCAUAUUUUGCUUCUCAAUAUCGGACAACAGCAAAACACCCAGAAUGGGAUACGCAUACAACGGGCCCACGUCAGUCAUGUCUUCUCGGACCAAGUACCACGGCGGAGAGGGAGAUUUUAAAACCACAAACCCUUCAAAACAGUUUGAUAAAAAUGCUUAUGUCUAA